AUGGUGCCGAAUGCGUCUGACAAACUUCAUCUCAAUAAACUAUCACUUAUUUGGCGUGGUUUAUCUCCUCCCUUUCUACAGCUUCAGCAAGUGGCUGGGGAACCCGAACAUCACAGCAGUUCCAAAGAACCCCAUUCCUUCUCCCUUAGCGGUGAGAUUGCUGUCGACGGACAAAGCCUGUCUACUUUGCCUCCUCUCUACCAGUCCCCUCGGAAACAGUCCUCGCAGUUCGGCAGUGAUGUCUUCCUUAGUCGCGCAGGCCGCACCACAUCCAUGCAGGACCUCGACCACGAGAUCGACAUGCUUCUUGAGGACCUCACCGCAACCUGCCUUCAAAAAGACCACAGCAUAAUCCGAACCAUGACACGCGGGGAACCCGCACAGCACCACUUCCCACGGAGGUUGAAGGUGUCGACGGGUGCGCGAACUGAUGGUGAACUAGCACUGCCCGAAUUGGCCACUUACCUCAAGGUCUGCAAGCCGAGGAUGUUUGGGAUUAAAACGUAUCGUCGGUUUUACGUCGUCCUAAAAAAGACCACUCUUUUCCUCUUUAAGAAUCAAGAGGACUUCCAGCACUCGCACCCUCCCAUUGAGACAAUUUGUAUCCUCGGCUGUGAGUCGUGGCCUGACUUGAGUCCCACCGCGGACCGUUUCGCCAUCAGAAUCUUCACUCCCAUGAUCCGUAAUGCACUUCCACUUUCUAGCGCCCUGACCCGUGACGUGACCUCGGAAAACGCCACCCUCACAACGCGCCUAAAACGCCGGGCCUCCCUCCUCUCACUCACCUCGCUCGGCGGUCUAAGCGCGGUGUGCGGCAAGGCGGUGUCGCGGGUGAGCGGCCUCCUCAACGAGGUCAUCAUUCGGCUGCCCGACGAGGCGCACUACGUCGAGUGGUGGGCGGCCGUGCGUCUGGCUGGCAGCCUCUCCUCCUGCCACGCCGCGGCGACACCCGAGACGGUGAGGCGUCUUUUCGACGCCGAAAAGCGUGCCACAACCAGUCUGCUGCAGUUGCUUACUCCUCUGCCCCUAAAGAUUACUUCCUUGAAUGUCGACAGAACCUCCAUGGAAGAUAGGAUGUGGCUGCAGAGGAAUUUCACAGUAGCACUGCCUUACCGACUUGCGGGGGAGCAGGCUGGCAGAUGGGGUGAGGGAACUCACACCUGGACCCAAGGAAAAACUGUGGACGCUGGUGCACCUGGAGGAGGCAGUCUACCGCCUGCCAAAGAAGAGGCAAACGAGCGGUUGAUUCGACACAUCCUCGACAUCCGCAGUCGUCUUCCUGAGAUGAAAGCUGUCGACAUCAAGCUGCAGUACAUCAGCCACUGGCAACAGCUCACGGGGAACGGAGUGAUCUACUUUGUGGCGAGAUUCGAGGCGAGCGUGCCAAUCGAGGCGGCGCUCGGGCUGCCGUCCGACACACCCGACCAGGCCUACCGCGCCUCCACGCUAAACAGCAGUCAUGUACACACCAGCACCCGCCAAUUAACGAUCUCCGUGAGUCGGCGGGACGAGGUCGUUGGCAUUGGCAACGGACGAGUCGCCAGGCACGAUCAAAGUACAGGUGAAAUUUACGCGGCCUGGCGAUUGGAUACGAUUCAAGGAUGGAACGUGAAUAGGGAGUUGAAUGAGCUAGUUCUGCUUCUCGCUCCCACACCGAACCCCGCAGACAGACCGGGCGACAACGCUGCCUCCCCCGACGCCUCCAGGAAGAGCGACCAUCCGGGAGGGGGCCGCGUCAUAAUCCGCCCGGUUGGGGUUCCCGUGCAGAAGGUCAGUGAGGUGCUCGGCGCGAACGUUUUCCUCAGCCUGCGGUCGCCAACUAAGAGCCAGGAAUUAGACGAAAAUCUCUUCUACAGGCUCAUCGGUGCCAGCCCCGCAAAAACGGUGUCUUCGAAUGCAGUCAGAUGA